AUGUACAGAGAUCGAGGAGGCGGCUCGUCCAAGGGCGGAGAGAUGCUGGAUCGGAAGCGAAUCAACGACGCCUUGGACAAGCAUUUGGAGAAGUCUUCACCUUCUACCUCCAGGAACAAGGGCUCAGCCGUCGCAGUACCUUCCACCUCCACCGCCGCCGGGAAGCAGAUUGAUUAUCGGAACAAUCGCUCAGCGUCGAAUUUGCCUGCCAGCAAGAACAAGUCCGAUGAUGAAUCUGAAACAGACAGUGAAGAGUCUGAUGUCAGUGGUUCUGAUGGGGAGGAUACAUCUUGGAUUUCAUGGUUUUGCAACUUGCGAGGAAAUGAAUUCUUCUGUGAAGUUGAUGAUGAUUAUAUCCAAGAUGAUUUUAAUCUCUGUGGGUUGAGCAGUCAAGUUCCUUACUACGAUUAUGCACUUGAUCUAAUUCUGGAUGUUGAGUCUUCUCAUGGUGAUAUGUUUACUGAGGAACAGAAUGAAUUAGUUGAAUCAGCUGCCGAGAUGCUCUAUGGCCUUAUUCAUGUUCGGUACAUUUUGACUACCAAGGGGCUGGCUGCAAUGUUAGAGAAGUACAAAAACUAUGAUUUCGGAAGAUGCCCCAGAGUUUACUGCUGUGGUCAGCCUUGCCUUCCUGUUGGGCAGUCUGACAUCCCGCGUUCAAGUACCGUAAAAAUAUACUGCCCCAAGUGUGACGACAUUUACUAUCCUCGUUCCAAGUACCAAGGCAACAUCGAUGGAGCAUACUUUGGGACCACCUUCCCUCACCUGUUCUUGAUGACUUAUGGACACCUCAAGCCGCAGAAACCGACUCAAAGCUAUGUUCCCAGAGUUUUCGGCUUCAAGCUCCACAAACCUUGA